AUGGUCGAACUCAUCAACCCUCCAGACCCACGAACUCUUCUCCCUCCACUCCUCGCCUGCCUCCCCACAGCCUUUGUCUCUCCACGCCCUCCACCAGCUCUCCUCCCCCUCCUCUCUCCUAUUCUCCGCCAGCGUAUUCAAAUCCUUACCUCAGUCUCCACUUCCUCCUCAGACUCGUGGCUUCGCCUUCUCUGCUGGGACGCCACCAAGGCAGAGCGUGUGCAAAGCAUCGUCGAUGAUGCGACCUUCGAGCCACACCCGGUCUCUGGCGAGAUUGAGCUUCCCACCGAGAUCCCGGUGACCUACAAACGCAUCGAUGACGAGACACUACGUGCCCAGGUACUCCUGCCCGAGUACAGAUUGACCGUCGUCUACCUCUGGUGUCCGGACGACGAACAAGGCGGUGGCCGUGGCUGGCGUGUGGCGGAACUACUUCCGCGCGAGGGCCCCGCCGAAGACGAGAGCUCGUGGUCCUCCUCGAUCGGCGAGGCCAAUGAUCAGGCCAAGGAGAAGCUUCUCGCUGAUGCUCUGGACGACGGGGCCGAGACGCAGCCCGUGGACAAUCGCCUAGCCGAGGACGAUGACGAUGACGACGAUUACUGGGCUCAGUAUGAUGCGACGCCGGGUAACAAGACCCCCGCCCCUCGCGCGGGUUCUUCAAACAACCAGCCCUCGGGUCUCUCCGAGGCAUCCUACUUCUCACAGUACGGUAACGUCCAACCCGCCAUGGAUAACCAUGACCCGGAAGAAGAGCAACCCGAGGUUGGCCCGUCCUCGCUGAACGGCGACAUGCUCGCGAGCCUGCUGCGGCGUCAAGUGAACGGCCUCGAUGACACCGCACCUCGCACAAACGGCUACGCAGCCGGCGAAGUCCCCAGCGACGCAGCUGCCCGCUCCCUCAGCCACCCACGCCCGGCAUCCGCCUCGUCCGGUAGCUCCGAUGCCGUGGCCAAGCUGGAGCAGGAAGCCGAGAGCCAGAGUACUUACGAAAUAGGCGUGAAGCAGCACAUCUGCACCAGCAUCAAAAGCUUGUUCCGACUGGCCAAGGCGACUGGAAUGUCGCGGGUCGAUUUCCAAAGCAUGGUGCGGACGGAGUUGGAGCUGCUGGAUGUGACGGAUGUCGAUGAUUGA